AUAAUUUCAAAUCAAAUAUCGUCUGAUCAGUUUUCCACCGUCCGAUUUCUUCUCAAAAAUGGCCGAGCAAUUCCAACAGCGAUACCAGCAGCAGAACCAGCCGCAGGCUCACCAGAUGGUGAAGGCUGCAACGGCCGUCACCGCUGGCGGGUCCCUGCUGGUUCUGUCUGGUUUGACUCUGGCGGGGAACGUGAUCGCACUGGCCUUGGCCACACCUUUGUUGGUGAUUUUCAGUCCGGUUCUGGUCCCGGCCACAAUAACGGCGUGUCUUUUGAUCAUGGGGUUCUUGGCGUCGGGAGGGUUCGGGGUGGCGGGAAUCAGCGUGCUGUCGUGGAUUUACAGGUACGUGACGGGCAAGCACCCGCCCGGUGCGGACCAGCUGGACCAGGCGAGGACGAAGCUGGCGAGCAAGGCGAGGGAGACGAAGGACAGGGCUGAGCAGUUUGGGCAGCAGCACAUCAGUGGUUCACAAGCUUCUUGAAAUAAGCUUGUUUUGAAUGUGUUUGUGUUUUAUCUAAGUCUUCUUUCUUGUUGUUUUUGUGUUCAUAAUAAGGUUUCUUGAAAUAAGCUUGUUUUGAAUGUGUUUUAUUUAAGUCUUCUUUCUUGUUGUUUUUG